GGAAACAGAGGAAAUGUUGGAGGAUGUGGAUGAAGGUGGGGAAGAAGAUGAGGGCUUCGGGGAGGACGAAGUAUAUGAUAUAACUGUGCCAAGUCUCUCAGAUGACCCAAACUUCUCCAUCUCCUCCCACUUCCUACCCACCUCUGAGCCCAUUGCCAUUGCCCCAGCUGCUGUCUCUUCCAUCCACCCUGCUGCCUCCACCGCCCUGGCAACUAACUCCUCUAUCCAUCCUCCAGCCUCCACUGCCCUGGCAACUACCUCCUCUAUCCAUGCUCCAGCCUUCACCGACCUGGCUGCGACCUCCUCCAUCCACCCUCCAGCCUCCACCACUCGGACUGCCACCUCCUCUGCUGUUUUCACCGGCCUGGCUGCUGCCUCCACUGCCUAUCCUGCUUCUGCAUCCACCCAGUCUGCUGUCUCCACUGCCCUGGAUGCUGCUGCACGCUCCACCCAACCCCCUGCCCCCUCCAUCCAGCAUGCUUCCUCCUCCCAAACUGCUGCAAUCACCAUCUUCUCUGAUGCCUCCUCCCAACCUGUUGCCCACUCCACCCAACCUACUGAACCCUCCACCCAGCCUGAUGCCUCUGCCACCCUGGUUGCUGCCUCCAUGUUGCAGCAAAGCACUCCGACAUCUGAGUCUGGUGCUGUGGAUGGCUCAGGUGUACCAGGUAUGGACAGAGUGGACAGCCUGGCAGAUUAUCUUGUGGACCUGAGGAAUCAGCCCUCCCUUGUCCUCACCAACCAGCAGAACCUGCUGGACUAUGACAAGCAGAGGGUGGUGUUUGCAGCCAGGCAUCAAGCAAAGCUGGACACUGGGAGGUUUAGGUCCCCGAAGAAGAGACAGGAGUUUACCCCAGGAGUGGAGAGUUUGAAGAGGCAUGCCCUGACCACCUCUGCCCCACUUGCACAAUGGCCAGAUUGCUGUCGCUUGGUUGAGACUUUUUUUGUCAGGCUCUGUGCCAUACAUAGAACACCCAAAAAGAAGGGGACCGGCACAGUGUCCAGAUGGGAUCUCAUCCUGGCAGACUACAGGAAAAUCAGGCGCAGCAUUUUGGCCAAUGCUAUAGUGAUGAAGCAGACUAACCUUCAACUGGUGGAUGUGAGUCACACCACCCUGGUACAGUGGCAUAAUAAAAAAGUUAAACAGCAGGACACUGCAGUUGUGAUGCAGGGGCUGCAACUUCCAAGCCGCUUGUCUGUGGUGGCUGACCCCUUAUUGCCUGCCAAUGUGAGCCCCCCAUCUCCACCACCUCAGCCAGGCCCGGCCCACCAGUACCACUUGGCCAGUAGCACUGUGGGCCAGGCUAAACUAAAAAGAAAAAGGACCAUUUUGCCAGACCCACCGGCUUUGCCACCUGCUCAGAUGCAGCAAGCCCAACGGCAACUUAUUCCUGCUCCACCACCAGGGACUCAACUGGUCAUGCUGAUGCCAGUGGCCUCACAGGGGUCUAUGCUGGCUUUUGGGUUUGGCCUCCCUUCUGCCCCUCCUGCCAUUCCAUCCGCCCCUGGUACUGCUGUCGCUCCCGUUCGUAAACUGACCUGCAAAGUACAGCAUAAUACAUAUGUCAAUAACUAA